AUGGGGAAGCUGCAAAAGGGAACGCGCUCUCCGUGGUCCAUACCGCCGUCCUCGUCCCGCGCGGCCUCAGUUAACCUCGGUUCCGUACAGCCUCUCAUCAACAUCGCUGGUCGCGCCAUGCUCUUCUGGAUCAUAGACCGACUUGAACUCACCGAAAACGAUUCUCUCUUCAUUGCCAUCUCGGAAAUGGUCAACGACGAGUUCCACCUCGACUCGCAACUCCGCCGCGAGUAUCCUCACCUCAAUGUCAAGCUCAUUCCGCUGCGAUUCGACACGCGAGGCGCGGCAGAGACGCUCUUCAUCGUUGCACAGUCGAUGACGGAUGACGAGUUGCAGCGAAGGACGGUCUCGCUGGACUGCGACACUAUCUACUUCCCUGAAGCUCGCUUGCUCUCGCGUAUACGCACUUUGCCUCCUCAUCACGGCGCGACUGUCGUCUUCGACGAUGCCGGCGACCCGCCCGUCUUUUCCUACGUUGAGACCGACAGCCGGAACCGCAUCGUUGACAUCAAGGAAAAGAUUGCGAUCUCCCGACAUGCCAACACCGGCGCAUACGUCUUUCCCGACGGCUUCUCGAUUCGACAGCGAUGCGCCGCCUUCCUCGACCAGCCGCUCAAGUCGCUCGCGCUAGGCGAGUACUACACUUCGUCCCUCAUCGCCGACAUGAUUGGCGCCGGCUUUACAUUCGUUGCGCUUCCGAUCCCCAACUCUAGUUUCGCAUGCGUCGGCACGCCACCGCAGCUGAACGACUUCCUCAAGACCAUCUCGCAGAAGCAAGACCUCGUGAAGCGACGCCGCUUCUGCUGGGACCUCGACAGUCUCGUCACGCCGCCCUGCGUCUUCGGCGACUACCGCACUGUGAAGCCGAUCAGGCGCAACAUCGAGCUUGUCAGACAGCUCCAUGCGGCCGGACACUGCAUCAUCAUCUCGACCUCCCGAGGAAUGCAGCAGCGCGGUAUGCUCUCCCAUCUCUCCCUUCUUUGCAUUACUGAUGAGUCUAUUGGUGCUGCAGACGGAAAUGUCAAUGCAGCAGUUGCUGACAAUGCGGCAGUCACGCUAGCAACAUUGGCGAAGCUCCAGAUUCCGUACGACGAGAUACAGUUCGGAAAACCCUACGCUCACUGCUACGUCGAUUCUCGCGCGGUCAACUCGCUGCUCGACACGCAGAAAGAGAUCGGCUGGUACGCUGCGAGCGGAGCAUCAAGGUGGAGCGGAAAGGGCAGCGUUGGAGGCAUGCUUGUCCCGCGGUCCUUCAACGCUGUCCAAGUCAUCGAGAACGCGGUUGUCAAGUCUUCCACCUCGGAGGCGAUUCUCGGCGAGAUCUACUUCUUCUCGCGCAUACCGACAGACAUCAAGGACGUCUUCCCGACUAUCAACACGCUCAACUUCGUACCCUCCACGCAGAGCUUCUCCCUCACAAUGCAGCGCGUCCACGGCGUCACCUUCUCGCACCUCCUCGUAGGUCGCGCCCUCACGGUCGGUCGACUCGAAAAGUACCUUGCCGCGCUCUCUCGCAUUCACUCCUCGAACGGCAUUGUCGACGACCACACCUCGGUUCCCCCUUCACUCGCCUCUCGCCUAAACGCACUGGGGGAGUCGCCUAGUCGCAACAUCGACAUUUACGCCAACUACGCCGCCAAAGUUUCCGAGCGCUACAAGGCUUUCCUGCCCGUCUACCUGGACCUAGGCGACGACCACGAAGCAAUCGCAUCGAGGUUGUUGGCGUUCUUGCAUGACUUUGAGGCGGACGAUCGUGCGCAGGCUGCGCAUGUGAUUCAUGGCGACCCGGUCUUCAGCAACGCCCUCUUCACCAAGGACAAUACCGUCGUCUUUAUCGACGUCCGCGGCAGGCAGGGUGACGUACUCACCCUUCGCGGCGACGCUCUCUACGAUCUUGCGAAGGUCUACCAGUCACUGCAAGGCUACGACUUUGCGCUCCUUGCGGAUCCCCUCUCCGCGCAAACGGCUGAAUUGGUCGACCUCGUCUCGCCUGUCGACCGACGUCUGCUGCAAGACUUGCAGAGUGUCUUCUGGGCCUUCGUCAAGAAGCACUACACGGUCGAUCGUCGCGGCUUGAUCCUCAUCACCGCCUCCCUGCUCUUCUCCCUCAUCCCGCUUCACGACCCGCCAAUGCGCCCGCUCUUCUACAAGAUGUGCAAGGCUGUCAUGGCGCAGGUUCGCGAGGGCUGA